AGAAUAUGAACAGGCAAUUCGCAGAAGAGGAAAUGUUAAUGACCAAUAAACAUUAAGAGCUCUUCACCCUCACUAGUCAUGGAAAUGCAAAAUAAAAGUGACAUCUAAUUUUUCAUCCCUCGGGUUGGCAAAAUGAAAGACAGAUAAAUAUCCAGUACUAGCAAGCUCAUGGAGAAAUGUACAUCAUCAAGCAUUCUUGUUGAACAUCUUAACCUUGACCACCUUUGUAGAGAGUAAUUUGAUAAUACAUAGUGGAAAAAAAAUUUUUUUUAAUAUUCAUAUUCUUUGAUCCAGCAAUCCAAUUUAACUUAGAAAAAUAUCUGAAAACACAGCCUUCAGUGUCUCUGUCUCUUCUCUCUACCCCUCUCUUCUCUCCUGAUUUAGUGUCUCGCUUCCCAGCCAACUGGACUCUCAGCCCUCUUCCACCUCCAUCAGACUCUAGCCAACCGAAGCUAGUGCCUGGAACAGGGAGACGGUCAUGGGUCCCUGGAAGACCUUGUUUAGGACUCCCCCUGUGCUUUCAGGAAAGUGAGACCAAGGACAUCACAGAGCCAGUAUUUGCUUCGAGUUCUUGGAGCUGCUGACGACGUGCAGGACGCUGAUGGCACCUGGUAGAGGCUGCUUUGGCCUGGCCAUUCUGCUGGCAAUUGUGGACAUCCAGCUUGGUGAAUGCAUGACCAUCCACAGCUCCUUUUCCCAGGAAGGAAAGCGACUCAGCUUUAUCUGUACUCUGUGGCAUAAGAAAGAAGAGGCGGAGGGGGUUAUCAUGUUUUUUUGCAAGGACAAGUUUGGGGACUGCUCCCCUGAGAACAGCGUGGAGCAACUGAGACUGAAACGGCAUCCUGGGACAGACGGUAUCAGUGAAACGUCAUCUCAGUUGUUGUUCACCAUUGACCAGGCCAUGCCGUCGGACAGUGGGACCUACCAGUGUUGUGCCAGAAGCCAGAAGCCAGAUAUCCGCCUCCAGGGCCAUUUCAUCUCCGUUUUAGUCACAGACACAGGGAACUACACGGUGAUGGGACCAAAACAAACAGGACACCACGAGUUCAGCCAUAGUAAAGGUACUUUCAAUUCAGGCUUCCGGCAAGAAAAGCUCUGGGUGAUACCGAUGACCAGCCUGGUGGCCCUUCGAGGUAUGUUCGGAUAAACCCUAAGCACCCCAAGCAAUGCGGGUGCUAUACCUGUGACAUCUUGGUUAUUCUCCGAGGCUGGAAAGGAGGCCGAGUGGGAGAGGGAAAUGCUCCUCGAGCCCUGGCUGCCCACAGGAAACAAGUGAUCCAAAGGGACUAAAGAUUCCAUACUAGCUAGGCAAAGAUGGAUGAAUCACUUUCCACUGGGAAGGUCAGACCUAUGAGGAAAGGCCUGUGGGAGAGGCAGGUAAAUACAGCUGCCUCUACUUGUUGGAUGAACAGAGGGCUACAAGUUGAGGCCAUGAUGUGACAAUGAACAGGGCAAGACAGACUGGGUCUGAUGGGUUUUGAACAAUGCAGCUCUUCAGCAAAGGCUGAUGGCCAGACUGAGUCUAUUACACACUUCUAGCUGAGUCAGUCCUCUGACUGAUGCUGAUUCUUGCCUGUCCUUGGCAUUCGGAAUUCCAUUUUAUUUAGGCUUUCCUCAAAUCAAUAACCACCAUUUGGAGUGCUACCAGAAGGUAAGCUCUAUAAAUGCUGGGACUUUUUCUCUUGCUUACGCCAACAAAUAGCAGCAGGCACAUGUAGGCUCUUCAUAAAUUUGUUUAAAAGAAUGUGUAUGAUGGCUCAGGCUUUGCAUAUGAUGGUUCGACCACCUCAUACAACCCUUUCAGGCACAAGUUCCCUGAUUACUUACCAGAAAACAGGUCCAAGGAGAUUAAAUGUUGCCCCAGUUCACGGGAAUUAACGUUAGGUCCUUCUCACUCUAAAAUCUGGUGUCCUCAGCAAUCACCUGCUAUAAUCUAUAAGCUUCUCUCCACCCCUUCACCACCCUCCCCAUUUUGAGACAGCUUCCUCUCAUCGUUCCAGCCCCUUACACUAUCAAAAGAAAACAGACCCUUAUCGGUGGUCCAUGGCAAAGCCCUAGCAAACGUAGCCUACGCCACUUUUCAAGAGGAAACUGGUGAACAUCAAGCAGUCUGACGUUUGAGACAUGCUUCUUCAUUGAGUCUCAAUUCCCUCCGAUGGUUAGACUACUGUUAGUAAAAUAAAUCUUAUUUCUUCAUAUAGAAUAAAAACUGCAAAAAGAGGACAUUAAGCCUGGCCAUACAAUCUACUACCCCUGACUCCCAAUUUAUGCUAGAGCAAAAAAAUCUCUAAGCAGCUUCCCCCUCUCCAGUCAGGUGAAGAGAAUGCAAUUUUGAGAAUUCAUUCCUUUCCUUUAUUGUCCUUCCCCAACUCAAGACUUUGCAGAAUUAUGGAAGAGGUAGUGUUCAGCAGAAAAGUACACACAUUUUCCCAGAUGGGGGUCGCGUUAAAUCAAGUCAUCGUGCUCACAGUGGCGGAAAGGCUGGGGGAGUUUCUGGAUCUGUGCCUCCCUCAGCUGAUGAGUAAUUUCAGUGAGUAUUCUUGUCCGAUCACGGUGCCAAGCAUUCAGUGCUAUACAUGGAAAAACUACCCUGAAUUUUUUAUGGCAUUUGUUUCUUCUUUGAUUGUCCUACCUUGCAGCAAGGAGAUCAAAAGUUGGCUCCUUCCCCACUUCCACCAGGAUCAGUCAGAUUUGCGGAAAGAUUACAACUGCAACGUCAGCAGGAAGACACAGCACAUACCUUGUUUCUUCCUUUUCCACGCCCUCUCUAGUCUUGAGCACCUAUAAACACACAUCCCAGGACCAAUGAUAUGAGGUGUUAUUGCUAUUCUAAGUUGUGUGGCAGUAAUACAAACUUUCCUUUU